AUGCAAAAGGGAACAAUCGGUGUCGACUUCGCCAAGUCAACUUGUGCUAGGCUUGCCAAAUUCUCAUAUGGGCCUGCGAGCACCCCAUCCCAAGCCAACCCAUGUGGUAAUGUCCCAGUUAAAUGUUCUCGCUGUCCAAAAGGAUCAAGUGCAGUUUGGAGAUACAAUCAGGAUGCUCACUAUCGCGCUAAGCAUUCCCCUGCGCUCCCUCCUAUGGAGCUUGCGAUCACUAAUUUUGAAAUAGAAGGACUCAAGGUACUCUGGGACAAUCGCCAUACAGCAAACCGCAUGGAAGUGAGGCGUCGGAAGCAGCGUAAGCCGCAUUUUGUGAUAUCCGAAGCUCACAGCACCCGACUUGCUCUCCGGACUACCGAUCUAGAAGGGUCAAGUGCAGCGAGCUCUCAGAUGAAUUCCAAUGUUGAAGAUAGUCUACAACAAGCCCAUGAUACCAAUCCCUUGCCCCCUGAUCCCUUAGUCCCCCAUCCAAGCCCGGGCCUGCUGUUAUCUGCCAACGAGUCUAUCCAAACCAGCCUACCUGCUGUGCAUCAAAGUGCUGUGAUGUGGAAGUUACAGCGGAUGAAAUCACUAAUGGGUCUAAUGUCGUACGCUGUCCGAAGCCAGGAUGUGAGACAGUUUGGUUUCAUCGAGCUUGUCAAGGGCUUGGAUCAUAUAUUCCCCCAGGGUGGAAUUGUGGAUCCCACGAUUUUGGUAGAGCCCCCAAACGUCCACGCAAAUAUUGAUUCACCCUUUUUGAUAUUACCCGACUAA